CGAGGCUCGAGGCCCCCGCGGCCGAGAGCGGGGCGCCCAGGGCACCGGCCGGGAGGGCGGCGCGGGCCCCCGGCGUGUGCAGAGUGGCCCUUUUCCCUGCCCCCACCCCCUCCUGGCUGCCUCGCAUGCCUCUUCUUCCCGUCCCGCUCCGCCCUCCGCCCUCCUCCCUCGUUCCUGGGUCCCUGCUCUCUCUCCCGCUCCUCCCGCUCCUGCCUCCCCUCCGACUUGCCCUGCUUGCCGCUCCCUCGCCUCUUGCUCCCUCACCCCUCCUCCCUCCCUUGUCCGUCCUCCUCUUCCUACUGUCCCCCUGCUUCUCGGCAUACAUCGUGUUCGACACCCAGAUGAUAGUCGGGGGCACGCACAAGUACCAGUUCUCGGUGGAUGACUAUGCCAUGGCGGCCAUCAUGCUGUACAUCGACAUAAUACAGCUGUUCGUCCACCUUCUGCGCAUCUUCGGGAAUCGUCGGUGAGCGGCCGUGAGUCCUCUGCGUUGGCCCUGCGCCUGAGUUGGUGUGCAAAGAGCACGGCGCGAAGCAGACGUAAUAGUGCUCCUCUCGCACCCGUGCCACUUGAGAUGGAUACGCAAAACCGCCCGAGUUUGCAUGUGGUAUCUUCGCUACACCAGCCAAUCCAGCCCGCCCUGUUGUGUCCCCUCGCCCUCCCCGCGAACGAGGGAGGAGGGGGAGGGGUUGCCAGGAUUGGAAAUGGUGGCCGUAGAGGCCGUUUCCCAGCUGGCUGCAGGCGAGGUGGGCCGGGGUAAAUGGAGCAUCCUGGCAUGAAACCUCCGCCCCUCUUCGAUGGUGUGUGUGUGUGUGUGCGUUUGUUGCCUUUGCUACAGGACAGGGGUUGCUCGUCAAGUCUCCGUGGCUCAAUCGCCACCAGCUGCAUCUGCAAAUGCACCUGUACCAUCCACCGCACUAGUGGUGUCUUACCAGGUGGCUUCCACGACAACCGUGUAUUGUAAUUAUGUGUGUAUGCGUG